CGCACAACGCCAAAGAUUCGUUGGCUGAACGUGCAGCAGCGCGCGCAAUCUAUUAAUUCCGAUCCCAAACAAAGAAAUAAAACAACAACCAACCAAAAACCGAAACGGAGCUUCAGCUCCUGGCAAAAAAAAAGCAGGAAAGCAGAAGACGUUCGCAGUUUGCAGCCGGCAAUGCUCGAUGCAGAUGCAGCAGAUGCGGCCAUCGUAAUCCCCACCGCAACCGUCUGACAAGGAAAACGAAAACGACUGGGAAAACACCAAAAAAAACCCAAGUGACUGUGAAAGUAACGAACGGCCAGACAGAGAUUCAGAUAUUCAAUUACUAGUCUGCUGGUGCAGUGCCGCCACACAAUGAGAAUCCAAAUCUUGGUCCUGACACUCUUGCUGGGCCUCGUCUGCGCCCAGGCCGUGGAUGCGGGGGCCAAGAGCAGCAACAGUCGGCAGUCGGCGGCGGAAGACAGCAAGAGCUCCGCCUCCACGCCGCUGGAAUCGGAGGCGACCAAAGACAAGCGACAGGUGAGCUCCAAGGAGACGCCUCUGUACCCCAACCACCGCAGCUCGGAGGCGUCCCCAUCCGGGAGCGAUGAUCCCGAGGACGGCCAGGAGACCAUCUAUGGCUCCAAGCCGAAUCAGUUCAUCAUCCGCCCCAUUGCCCCGCACCAGCACCAGCAACAUGAAUCGCACCAGGAGCCCCAGCUGAGGAACUUUGCGGCGGCCAACUCCCGACCUCACGCCGCCCAAUUGCUGGAGCAGAGCCAGGAGGUGCAGCACUACGUGUAUCUGCAAGAUAUAAUGCGACAUCAUCAGCCCAAGGCCCUGGUGUCCGCCGGUCAAGGCAAGGGUGCGGCCAGUGCGCCCAAGAAGACAUCCACUCCGGUGGCCGAGGAGGAGCAGGAACAGGAGCAGGAGGCGGAGCAGCGAUAUGCGGUGUCCAUUCAGCCACAGCCACAGCUUCAGCCGCAGCCGCAGCAGCCACGUCCACGUCAGUAUCAGGGAGUGGGUCCCUACCAGCUGCCAUUGCCACUGCCCGCUCCACAGCAUCAGUCGCUGAAUCCCCAGCAGCAGCAGCAGCAACAUCAGCAGCCUUACCAAGUAAUCCCCGAAGAGCAGUUCCUGAAACUCCUGGAGGAAGAGCUGCAGGCGAGGGCCUAUCAUGAGCAACUGCGCCAGCAGCAGCAACAUCAUCAACAGCAGCAGCAGCAGCAGCAGCAACAUCAUCAACAGCAUGUUCAGCAGCAGCAACCCAAGCCACUGCCCAUCCACAGUACGGCUGCCACACACAAGGUGCUGCAACAGGCGGAUCCCUCCCUGGGAUUGGGUGGCUAUCGCGAUCGUUAUGUGGCCGAACAGGAGCUAGUGACUCCCACUUACUCCCAUCCGCGUGGGGGUCUCAAAUACCUGCCCCUGCCACAGACUCAGCAAAUUCAAGAGGAUGAGGAGCAACAGCAGCAGCAGCAUCAGCAGCAGCAACGUUUGCAGCUAAACAAGCAGGUGCCUCAUCCCGGCCAGCAACUAAUCCACGGCCUGCCACCACAGAUUGCCUACUACCAACCGCAGAUCAGUUACAAGACCCUGCCCAAUCAUCCGCUGGCCAAAUCCUCACUGGAAAGUGAGAUUGAGAAAUUGCUGGCGGCCAACAAGCCGGGACAAUCGUUGUCGUACGUGGACAGCAGCAACGAGCAGGUGGCGGUACGUCAGCCCGCUCCCCAGCACCCGCCGCCACCCACCUCGCAUCCUGCCCUGCGGCAACCGAAGGCCUACUUGGCCAGCACACCCAACUCCCUGCUGGAUGCCAAUAACCAGCCAUUCAUUCCGUCCCUCUUCAAGUUCAGCAACUACCAGCAACCGACGCCCAUUUACCCAACGCCGGAACCCAAGCGAUUGGGACCCGUGGUCUAUCCCACGCAGCAGGCCAAUCAGCCGCAGCCCUCGCAGUAUUACUACCAGGAGGCCACGCCCACCGGUGCACCCAAGCCGAGUCCCAUUCCCAAGCAGUACCACCGUGCCAAGCACUACAAGUUGGCCUCGCCCACGAAGGCGCUGCUCUAUGCCGACUACGAUCGUCAGGGAGCGCCUUCUCCGGCGCCGCCGUCGCCGUCCAACUUCUAUCCCAGUCCGCCGGAUCCCAUAAAGCAUGCCCAGAGGAAUCUGGGCGUAACACCCACAGCUCUGCCGCUCCACGCCGAGUACCCCUCGCCAUCGCCCUCGCAGUCCAGCAUUUAUGUGUCGCAGGGCACUGGCAUUGCCACGCCAUCCCGGGCCACGCCCACCACUGCUCCGAUUCAGAAGCUCCGGACUCUGGAUGAAGUGAAGCAAUUGAAUCUGCCGCCCCCCAACGGCAAGCCCCUCACACAGGCCGAGUUCCAGGCCCUGGUGGACGCCGGCUAUCCGGUUAAGGCGGUGCCCGUGCCCGUUCCCGUGCCGUAUGAGCAGUACGUGAAGGAUCAUCCGGAGUACCGCAAUCAUCCGCCCGUAGACUAUGCCCACAUCAUGCGCCUGGCCACGCGCCAAUUGGCCGCCCAUCAGCAGCACAGGUCGCUGGGCGCUCCCUCGGAGCCGUCCGUGAAGAUCCUGUCCACUCCGUCCGCCGGCGAGCUGCACCAGCACCAGCAGACGGCCACGGGCAUUGGCGGCGGCAGCAUCACGUACUUGCAGCCCAUCGAGGGGCAAUCGCAUCCGCACACCCUGGCACACCAUGUCCAUGCGCUGCAGAAGAGGCGGCCGCGUGACGAACAGGACACCGCAGUGGCGGGCAGUGAGCCCAAGGCGGCGGCUCCGGAGGCGGAGAUGGAGGCGGAGCCAGCGAAGGUGAAGGCGAAGGUGCAGUGAACCCACGUCCUGUUUUAGUUAAAAUGUCCUUGCCUAGUUCGUAAGUAUUGUAAAAAGAUGUUUCAGCACUCUUCCCUAAUGUUAAAUUAUAAAAAUCGACAAAUAAAAAUAUGAAAAACUAACAA